AUGGUAUUAAUUACAAGAUAUUUACCAUCAGUAACAGAUAAUAAUCAACCAGCAUUAGAAGGUCAAAGUAAAGAUCAAAUUGUUGAUACAGUUAUUACAAGUACUACAGUUGGUAUUAUUAAUCAAUUAACAAUGUUAGUUGCACAUUCCAAUAGUAUUUUCACAGCUUUAGCUAAUGAUGCAAAUUUGGUAACACAAAGAAUUGAGAAAUUAGGAUCUAGAAUUAGACCACUCAUUCAAUCAAUACCAUCGAUUGAAGAUUAUCAUAGAAAUACAUCAAUCGAUACAAUGAAUAGUAAACCAAGAGCAGAGUUUCAUGCUGAUAACAGUGAAAGAAAUCAACAUUUUACUCAUGCCUCAAUACCGGCAUCAAUCAAUACUGUCUAUGAAAAAUGUAAACCACCACCAAAUCUUCAAUUAUUGGACCCAUACAUGGACGAUGGUCAAAAAUCAUUAAAACUCUACACCAAUCCAGACUUUUUCAUGGAUGAAUGGGUUGCUGAACAACAAAAACUUCAUGAAGAGGCCAGACAAAGAAAACGUGAGCGUAGAGAAGCACGUUUAAAGAAAAAAGGUGAAAAGAAUGAAGUAGAGGUUAAAAAAGUUAAAUCCGUUACAAAGGUACGUUAUGAUCCUGUAACUGGUGAGAAAAUUACUAUCAAUAUUGAAAGUCCACACACUUCAUCACCACAAAUUCAACAUCAAUCCAACAACACCGCCACUCCACAACAUACCACCCAACACUUUGGUACCAAUCAAUACCAAGCACCACCACCACCACCAUUAUCUCAAUCUUCACCAUCUCAACAACAUUCACCAAUCAAUUCCUAUACUCCACCUCCACCACCAUUAAAUACAAGCACCCCUUCACCAUCCUCUUCAUUCCAAGGUAGACCACCUUCAACUGGUUUCAAUACUCCACCACCACCAAUGUCAAAUAAUAAUAAUAUGCCACCACCACCACCAAUGCAACAAAAUGGUGGAGCUGCAAACAAUCGUUUAUCAGUCCAUAACUCGGCUCCAAUUGUUGCUGCUCCAGCUCCACCACCACCACCACCACCACCUUCAGCACCUGCCCCACCACCACCUCCAAUGGCUAAAGCUGGUGGAGGUGCCUCUGACAUUAAACCAAAAGCAUCCGGUGCUCGUUCAGAUCUUCUCUCUUCAAUUAUGCAAGGUAUGGCAUUAAAACCAGCUGAAGAACGUAAGGUUGCUGAAGCUCCAAAGAAAGAAGAAGCAUUGAAUGUAGCUGAUAUUCUCGCUAGACGUAUUGCUUGGGCUGGUGAUAGUGAUUCCUCUGAAGAUGAAUCUGAUGAUUCUGAUUGGGAUUAA